GAGAGAGAGAGAGAGAGCACCUCUGCCGCUCUCCCUGCCUCCUCUCCUGUGCGCAGAGCUCCGGCCCGGCCGCUCCUUCCUUCCUCAUUUCCUCCCCACAGCUGGCUCUCUCCUCUCGGAUGCUGCUGGCUCGCCUUCUCCCUUUCACACGCGGCGCUGGACCAAAUACUUCGGAGGGCGGAAUGACUGACUAACCUGUUUUGCAUGGUCUGAAUUUCGGGAAAUUCGCACGUCGGAAAGGAGGGGAGUCAAGAGGGAAACGGAGGCUCUCCAUCCCCCCCCGAGGGAAUUUAUUUUACAGAGGUAUGCCAGUGCCUGAGGUGGCGUCUGACACUGCCAGCGCUGCCACCAUGUUGAGCCCCGUCCUCAACGCCUCCAACGGAGACGGCUCCGAGUCUGAAACCACCUCCGCCAUCCUCGCCUCCGUCAAGGAACAGGAGUUGCAGUUUGAACGUCUGACCAGGGAGCUGGAAGCCGAACGACAGAUUGUUGCCAGUCAGCUGGAGAGAUGCAAGCUUGGCUCUGAGACUGGAAGCAUGACUAGCAUCAGUUCAGCAGAUGAGAAAUUUCGCUGGAACAACCAAGAUGGACAGAAGGACAUAGAAGAGGAGCUGACGACAGGCCUGGAGCUGGUGGACUCCUGCAUCCGAUCGCUCCAGGAAUCAGGCAUCUUGGACUCCCAGGACACUUCUACAGGAGACAGACAAGGACUUCUGUCUCAAAGCGCUUUGCAGCUCAACAACCAGGAUGCCUAUGCAGCAGCUGGUUACCAUAGUAACCAAGGGCUGGCACUUGGGGAGUCAGUCACGGGCCGCAGCGGGCAGGUUGGAGGGGCUGUUCACAUCUACAACCAGGUGACAUCCAGCCGUGCAGCUGCCCAGUUAGUGGGAUCAGACUCUCCCUCCCAGUCCCAGAGAGACUCAUUUGCCCAGCAGGCCCAUGGCAGCGCCUUCCACAUGCCCACUGAGGGAGGACCUGCACCUGCUGGACCACCCAUGUAUUACUCCUGUGCCACUUUGCCUGCACAGCGGGUGAGCUCCCCUCUGCAGGCGGUAGGAUCCCCUACCAAGCUCCAGCGCCUGGGAUCAGCGUCCUCUGACAUGCCCAGCUACGCCACGCUACAGAGGGUGUCCUCGCCCAAACAGUCACCCAGCCGACUCGCCAAGUCCUACAGCACAUCAUCGCCCAUCAACAUGGUUGCAUCGGGUGCUGGCUCCUCCUCCCCUAUCGCCAUGGUAGCCUCCCCAGGGGGAAACCACACCUCGUCGCCCAUCCACCAGCUGAGCUCGGUGGUGGGCAGCUACGCCACCCUGUCGCCCACCAAGCGUAUGCUGCAUCACAUCGGACCAGACAGCUACAAGAUUUCCCACGAGCUGUAUGCCAACGCAACCCUGCAAAGGCCUGGUAGCCUGGCGGGUAGAGGCUCCAGAGGUUCCUACAGCAGCCAGCACAGUCACCUGGGCUCUGAGCUCCGACCUCUGCAGUCUCCUGAACACCACAUCGACCCAAUCUACGAAGACAGAGUCUACACCAAACCCAACCUUAGAGGACAAGCCCCGCCUUCCCCCGGUGUCGACCCAAUCCCCUUGCAGCGAACGGGAAGCCAGAGUGCCACAGCCACCUUUCAGAGAGGCAGCUUUGCCACAGGAGGCGGGGCGGCUGACUAUGCCAACCCGUACCGCACUCUGCAGUUCUGCCCAUCCACCGAGUCGCCUUACAGCAAGUCGGGCCCCGCCCUCCCCCCUGAGGCCGCCCUUGGCCGAUCUCCAUCAGUGGACAGUAUCCAGAAGGACCCAAGGUACGACCCCGAAUUCCUUGUGUGGAAUCAAAAUCAAGCCGAGCAAAGAAUGACAAAGGAGUUUGGCUGGAGGGAUCCAGAGCUGCCGGAGGUGAUCCAGAUGUUGCAGCAUCAGUUCCCAUCAGUCCAGUCUAACGCUGCUGCCUACCUCCAGCACCUCUGCUUUGGAGACAACAAGAUCAAAUCUGAGAUCCGGCGGCAGGGUGGCAUCCAGCUGCUGGUGGACUUGCUGGACCACCGGAUGACCGAUGUGCACCGCAGCGCCUGCGGAGCCCUGAGGAACCUGGUGUACGGCAAAGCCAACGACGACAACAAGAUCGCCCUGAAGAACUGCGGCGGCAUACCGGCUCUGGUCCGACUGCUCCGGAAGACCACAGAUGUGGAGAUCCGAGAGCUGCUCACAGGUGUUCUGUGGAACCUGUCGUCAUGUGACGCCCUGAAGAUGCCCAUCAUCCAGGACGCCCUGGCUGUGCUGACCAACGCUGUGAUCAUCCCCCACUCGGGCUGGGACACCUCCCCGCAUACGCAGGAGGACCGCAAGCUGCACCUACACUCCUCCCAGGUCCUCCGCAACGCCACAGGCUGCCUCCGGAAUGUGAGUUCUGCAGGCGAGGAGGCCCGGAGGAGGAUGAGGGAGUGUGAGGGUCUGACAGACGCUCUGCUCUACGUCAUCCAGACCGCUCUGGGGAGCAGUGAGAUUGACAGCAAGACCGUAGAGAACUGUGUGUGCAUCCUGAGGAACUUGUCAUACCGCCUGGCUGCAGAGACGUCUCACAGCCAGCAGGGGGGGUCGGAGGAGCUCGACGGUCUGUUAUGUGACACCGGCGGGAAGGACGCAGAGAGUUCCGGAUGCUGGGGCAAAAAGAAGAAGAAAAAGAAGGGACAUGACCAGUGGGACGGUGUCGGCCCAUUUCCAGACUUGGCGGAGCCCCCGAAAGGCAUCCAGAUGUUAUGGCACCCCACAAUCGUCAAGCCCUACCUCACACUGCUGUCUGAGUGCUCCAACCCAGACACCCUGGAGGGAGCAGCUGGGGCCCUGCAGAACCUAGCUGCUGGCAGCUGGAAGUGGUCGGUGUAUAUCCGGGCUGCGGUGCGUAAGGAGAAGGGCCUCCCUAUCCUGGUGGAGUUGCUGAGGAUAGACAACGACCGGGUGGUUUGUGCUGUGGCCACCGCGCUGAGAAACAUGGCUCUGGACAUCAGGAACAAGGAGCUAAUUGGUAAAUACGCCAUGAGGGACCUGGUGCACCGUUUGCCCGGGGGCAGCAACAACAACAACAGCAGCGGCGGCGGGGGAGGAGGAGGCGGCAACACCAGCAGCCUGGUGGGGAAGACCAUGUCGGACGAUACCAUCACGGCUAUCUGCUGUGCACUGCACGAGGUCAUCACCAAGAACAUGGAGAACACCAAGGCCCUGAGGGACGCCGGCGGCAUCGAGAAGCUCAUCGGCAUCGCCCGCAGCAAAGGAGACAAACAUAGUCCUAAAGUGGUAAAGGCAGCAUCUCAAGUCCUGAACAGCAUGUGGCAAUACAGAGACCUCCGCAGCCUCUACAAAAAGGAUGGCUAUUCCCAGUACCAUUUUGUCGGCUCUUCCUCCACGAUAGAGAGAGACAGGCAGCGACCUUAUUCUUCCUCUCGUACUCCGUCCAUCUCUCCCGUACGAACCUCCCCCAACAAUCGAUCAGCGAGUGCCCCUGCCUCCCCAAGGGAGAUGCUGGCGUUGAAGGAGAGGAAGGCAGAUUACGAGUCAACUGGCAAUGCCAGUUACCAUGGCAACAAGGGUGAACACACAUCCCGGAAGGACGCCAUGACCGGUCAAAUCUCCGGUGGGUCUUCCACACUACUCAGAGGAGCAUACGUGUCGCCUACUGAUGACCUGAAGUACAAUCAGGUCUCCUCUCAAGGCCUGCCUUCAGAACCCUACCCUCCUUUCCAAAAUCCUCCCCCUCCCGACAGCGGCAACUACGAGGACCAGGCCUUCUACGAGAACCAGGUUCACCCGGGAGGGCGCCCCCCGCAGGGUGACCUCAACAUGCACUUGCAGGGCCUCAAGUCCACUGGCAACUAUGUAGACUUCUACUCAGCCUCGCGGCCCUACAGCGAGCUCAACUAUGAGACCAGCCACUAUCCAGCUUCUCCGGACUCCUGGGUCUAAGGGGAGUCGAGGGUGGAGGAUUUGGAGCAGGAGGAGGAGGAGAGGAUGGAUGAAGGAAAAUGGGAUGAUGAAGCGGGUAGUUUCAAAAGUGGAGGAGAGAAGAUGAAAGGACAGCUUCCCUCCCUCCCCAUCCUCCCCUGUAGUUCCUGAGUAGCAUCAUAGGUAGCAGGAAGACGGAGGGGGAGGAUGGAGUGCAGGAAGAGAGACAUGAGGAGAUAUCUGAGACAUUACACUCCUUUCACAGACAUCUGAGGGGGGAGAGAGAGAGAGGGGGAAAAGAAGGAAAAGAAGUGAACGGACGAGCGGCCAUGCAUGUGCAUGCACACCACCAACAAAACCGACAGACACAUUUUCUUUCUGUGUUUAGUUUGUGAUCAACUACUGCUAGACGGUUCCGCAGACAGAGCGAUGGCCUCCUGCACCUGAAGGCCUCUGGAUACAGAACGUAGGAGGGACGGACAUGAUGAAAGAACAAAGAGGGCAGAGAUAGAAAAAGAGGGGGAAAAUAUGUGGUGAAGAAGAAGGACAGUGAAAGAGAAGAAUGGAUCAGUGGACUCGAGGACGGAAGGUUUUGGAUUGUGGAUGGAACGUGUGAGAGAUAACCAGGAGAAACCUGUAAAUAUGUGGUAUAGCAACAUGGCUUUUAGUAAUGUGAAGCACAAGAGGCAGAGCUGUAGGACAUGUAGGACGUCUGUCACACAAACUUUUGUUUCUCUGUAUGGCUUCAGCGUGAUGUAUCCUCCUCUGGGCAAAGAACGCUUCUGGACUUUGUCAUUUGUAACAGGUUCUGUUUUUUUUCUUUUGUUGUGUUUCUACUUUUUUAAUUCUCGAUUCUGGUUGUAUAGUAUUUGAUGUACACUGUACAUUUACGAGAUGCAUUGUGUACUGUACAUUGCACUAUUUUCUGUGUCAUGUCAGGCCUUUCGCCAUUGGGUCAACCUCACUUCCUCACUCACUUACCCACCCCCAAUACACACACACACACACACACACACAAAUACACACACAGACUUUCAAAGUUCAUAUCAUAGCUCUAGAUGGAUAUCAAUGAUUCGCUACUGUGAAACACUGGAUAUGAAUUGGGUAUUGAAGCAUCAAUUCUGGUAGGUCACGGUGCUCCUUUUACUGCCCUACAGAUAGUUUUCACACAAUAGCUGACAGUACAGCUGCCAAAGUAAAACAGUCGAGCAGCCUUUUCCGUGACAAAACUCAAAUUUUUUUUUUAGGCUAGCUUUGUUUUCUUUGGCGGCUAUCUUUCCACAUUAACACCUCAGAUCCCCGUUUCGUUCCCAUGAGCCCCUCCUUUGAGUGAACUGUGCUCAUUGUGUAUAUAACCGUGCCAAACAAGGGUUACUUCCCCCCAGCUGGAGAAGGCAGGGGGGACAGUUAGGGGCGUGUUAAAGGGUCCAAGUUCAGCUGAAGCUCUCAGCGGAACAUCCUUGCGGUUCUAACGAUGCCAGUUUGUAAAUGCUUUGGUUUUUCUAAACUGUGUUUUACUGGGAUGAAAACUGUCUAACUGCACCGGGACUGGGGAGAAAAACAUAAAAAGAAAAAAAAACCAAAAGGAAAAAAAAACCCAUGCGACCAGGCGGAGCAUCGCUUCCUCCAAAGUUGUACAAAUUUAGUUGAUUUCUGUGUUGUAAAAUAAUCAAUGUUUGAAGUACAAAAAAAAAAAAAACUUUUCUGAGAGAUGGGUGGCAAUUCUAACUUCAUGGUAGACAAAACUGUUAAUAGAGUACGGAUAUAUAUUAUAUAAAUAUAAAUAUAUACUUUUUAUGUGCAGAUGUGGAUGUCACUUAUAGCAGCAACAUUAUGGAAAAAGACUUGUAAAAAAAAAAACAGCUACAUGUAGGAAUUUUGUUCACACUUUAUUUUCUGGUCAACACACUAAAUUGUCGACUUUGUGUAGUAAUGUUGUUGCUAUGUGGAGUAGAGUAGGGCCCAGGGAUCCACGUUGUCACUGAAGCAGUCUAAAAAGGUGCUACAUCCGUGAGAAGUAUUUCCAACAUGUCUGUAUUUUAACUGUGCACAAAAUAUUUGUUCUCCUUUGCAUCGCGAUAGCAAACUAUUGAUUAUCAGCCGCGAGUUCCGAUCAUGUCACAGGGGACUGUUUCAAACCACAUAACAAAGAACAAUCAGCUGUUCAUGAAAACCCCCAAAAUCAAUUGGUAUCAUGAUGCUAAACAGCAAAUUGAACCCAUGAACGCAUGUGUAUUUGUUGUCUGUAAAUCAGGAACUAAAUGAGUGAUUUAUUGUUUUUUUUAAUUUUUUGUUUUUUGUAAGAAAGGCAAAAUUGUAAAACGGACAACAGACCCUGGUUCUCCCUACCCACUGCUGUUUAGAAGUCCUAGAGGUCAUCUUCCAAUGCUUGAAAAAUGACUCAUAAUGCAACUGUCCCCACGAAAACACUGGAUGAAAAACAGACGAACUGUAUUUGUUAGUGAGCAUCUGGAAACUGACAACGUUAUGUAUGUCCUUGUGAUCCUUAGGCAGAAAAAUCCUGACUAUAAGACCUGUAUGGAGAUAUAAUGUCGGUAACCUUUUUGUUGCUAGACCAAACGUGUUUUAAAAAGAGAAUUGUGAAUCUUUCUAUUGCCUCAAACAGAUUGCAACUGCUCCAAAAAAUAUAAACGGACCAUCGAAGAA